AUGAUAUUCUCUGGCCUGCAGACCGCAGCCCUCCUAGCUGCUGCAACCACCGGGUACAUUGCCGUCCGCGGCAUAUACCUAGCAUACUUCCACCCGCUUUCCAAGAUCCCGGGCCCCAAACACUAUGCCUUCACUGACAUCUUCCACCUGUACCACCACGUCCGGGGGACCUGGCAUCUCGUCCUCAAGGACCUUCAUGACAAGUAUGGCCCGGUAGUCCGCUAUACGCCCAACGACGUGUCCACCAUCACCCCCGACGCGUGGAGGAGUGUCUACGGCCACAAGGCCCAGUCGUCACGCAUUUUCCGCAAGGACAAGAUCUUCUACGGCGAGACCUUCUCCAAGGUCGACCACGUGAUCACCGCCGACUACGACGACCACCGCCGCAUGCGCCGCGUGCUCGCCCACGCGUUCAGCGAAAAGGCCCUGCGCGGCCAGGAGGACGUGCUCAAGCACUACACGGACCUCUUCCUCGCUCAGCUGACCACCAGAGCUGCUGCGGGGGAGCCGGUCAACAUGGUAAUGUGGUACAACUACGCGACGUUCGACCUGAUCGGCGACCUGGCAUUUGGCAAGUCCUUUGGCAACCUCGAGACCGGCAAGUAUAACCCGUGGGUCUCGGUCAUCUUCGACUCUGUCCGGCUCGUGCCUUACAUGCACGUGCUCCAGCGGCACCGCUGGCUCGGGGCGCUCAGCUCGCUCAUCAUGCCCAAGAGGUUCGUCGACAGCUUUGCCGACCACGCGCGGCUCAGUCGCGAGACCGCCAUGCAGCGCAUCGACAGCGGCAACACGGAGCGCGAGGACUUCAUGUCGUACAUCCUGCGGCACAACAAUGACGGCAGCGGCAAGGGCCUCAGCGAAGGGGAGAUUGCGGAGAAUGCGACCAUCCUGAUCACCGCGGGGAGCGAGACGACGGCCACGUUGCUGAGCGGGGCGACGUUCCAGCUGCUGGCAAACAGGGACAAGUACGAUGCCCUGGUCCGCGAGGUCAGGAGCACUUUUGCCUCGGAAGACGAAAUCAACAUGGUCUCGGUCGGGCAUCUCGAGUACCUGACUGCUGUUCUCAGCGAGAGCUUCAGGAUGUAUCCUCCAGUACCGAUCGGCCUGCCACGCGUUACCCCCGAAGGCGGCGAGGUCGUGGACGGAUACUAUCUCCCAGCCAAGACCAGCAUAUCAGUGCCCCAGUGGUCAGCAUACCAAUCGGCUCUCAACUUCCACAAGCCCCAAUCCUUCGUGCCCGAGCGCUGGCUCGCCGACGUGACCUCACCCGGAUCGACAUCGCCUUUCGCCAACGACAAGAGAGACGUCAUGCAGCCAUUCUCCGCCGGGCCCAGGAAUUGUAUCGGAAAGAACCUCGCAAACGCCGAGAUGCGCCUCAUCCUCACACGCCUCCUAUACAACUUUGACCUGGACUUUGACCAGCCUGCCGACGGCACCACCACCACCACGGGCUGGGCCAGCGACCAAAAGGUCUUCCUACUCUGGGACAAGGGCCCUUUGAUGGUUCGCCUUACGCCCGUGAGGCGCUAGCUGAACCACCCUCUCUCGGACAAUCCUUUUAUUUCAUUUUUAUUUCUUAUUUUUCAAAUAUUUUUCCAUUAAAGUCAAGUCUUUUAUAACCGGGGCUGUUGGAAAAGAAAGAGUAGAAUCAAAGUUGGGUUUGCAUGAAACACUUUCUUCCCGGACAAGCUCUGCAGCUGCAGGGCGGGGUCAAUGAGCAGACACAGAGAAACCGAGGGGAGGUAACAAAGAACUCCGCGGCAUUUUAAACACACUUUCAUUCUGUUUGAGAAUAUGGACGAGAAGGGAGAGGGGGGGAGGUUAUGGAGAGCCGGACGUAAAUAGGAAGCAUGGGCGAAGGAUGACUGGGGGAUGAACAGACAAUAGUAG